AUGGAUUCCUCAGCUGCUCCAAAGAUCAUCACUAGAGAUAACCAAAAUGUAAAUGCAGAAAAGGAGAAACAGUACAUUGCAUAUAUUAGGACUCUAAAUUAUAGGAAGAAAUUUCAACUUUAUUUUAUCCUCAUCAUUUUUGCAAAUAUGAGAAUUCUCUCAUGGAAUGUGCAAGGUUUUAAAACUGCUUCUACUAGAAAUCAUCUAAGUGGCAUUAUUAGAGCUCAAAAUCCAGACAUCAUCUUUCUUUGUGAAACUAAACUUAGUAAAAUCAAAUGUCAACCUUUCUUAAAACAGUACCAAUAUCCUAAUUGGGAUUACAUUGAACCUGAAGGCAUGUCUGGAGGUCUAGUUAUUCUUUGGAAAAAUGGCUUCACCUGUGACAUAGUUGAUACCCAUUUAAAUAUGUUUAGUGCCAUAGUCCAAUCAGAUCCUAGUAAGCCAGAAUUCCUCUUAACUUGUAUUUAUUGUUUUUCUAAUUAUACAAAGAAAAAAGAUCAAUGGAGUUAUAUCAAACAGAUCAGUGAGAACAAUAGCAACCCUUGGGUAGUCUUAGGGGAUCUUAAUUUUCAUCUAGAUGAUAAUGAAACUGAUGCCUCUAGUUCUUCUGAUGGUUUGGUCAAUAAUAUAGUAGCUAGCAGUGGCUUAGAAGAUAUAGGUUUUAUUGGAAAAAACUUCACUUGGAGUAAUAAUAACAUGGGUACUGGUACUAUCAAGUCAAGAAUAGAUAUGGCUCUUGGAAAUGGCAACUGGAAUUUAUAUUUCCCUAAUUCUAGACUUCAUCAUCUUACUCAGAUAGUGUCAAGAUUGUCUUACACUAGAAGAGAACUCUCUUUGUGGAACAAAGAACAUUUUGGUAACAUCAACCAGAAGGUGGAAAAUCUCCAGCUUGAACUCAAGCAGCUUCACGAACUCCCACAAACUACAUGCACUGAAAGCAAUAUUAUCAAAGUCAGCAAUGAACUCAAUAAAUGGCACAAAAUCAAGUCUGAAUUCUACCAGCAAAAAGCUAGAGACCACUUCAUUAAAGAUAUGGACUCUAAUAGCAAAUACUUUCACACGAAGGUGAACAAGAGAAGAACAAGAAAUAACAUUGACGCAAUUCAAGAUCACAAUAAUAUCUGGUUGCAAUCUAGAGAAGACAUUGCUCAGCAUCUGACACAUCAUUACAAGAGUAUCAACACUUCAAGUAAUCCUGUGAUAGAUGUUAACUUUUACAAAAAUAUUCCUUCAAUAAUUUCAGUGGAAGAAAAUGAAUCUCUCAUCAGAAUCCCAAGUAAUGAAGAAAUAUUUGCUACUCUCAAGAGUAUGGAAAACUGGAGCUCACCUGGUCCAGAGGGAUUUCAAGCUGGUUUUUACAAGAGUCAAUGGGCCACAGUUGGGGAUGAUGUUUGCAAUAUGGUUAAGAGAUUUUUUAAAACAAGACAUAUUCUCAAACAGAUUAAUGAGACCUAUAUCUCCUUAGUUCCAAAAAAAAAGAAGUGUACAUGUGCAGCUGAUUAUAGGCCAAUUGUCCUACGCAAUACUUCCUACAACAUUAUAUCAAAGGUGUUAGUUAACAGAAUGAAGCCCAUAAUGGAGAAGCUCAUCUCCCCUUAUCAAGCUGCAUAUGUCUCAGGCAGGUUAAUCAGAGACAACACUGUGAUUGCACAAGAAAUUAUUCACUCCAUGAAGAAAAAAAGAGGUGAAAAUGGCUGGCUGGCACUAAAGCUUGACAUGUCAAAGGAAUUUGACAGCACAACUCAGCUUUCAGUCAUGCUCAAUGGUUCUCCCUGUGAUUCUUUCACACCUACAAGAGGAAUUAGACAAGGUGACCCUCUGUCACCUUAUUUAUUCAUUCUAGCUAUGGAGUUUCUUUCAAGACAACUCACAACAUCUCAACAAGACAACAAAAUAAAAGGUAUUAAAGUGGUUGCUUUAUCACCAGCCAUUGAUCAUCUACUUUUUGCAGAUGAUUGCUUGAUCUUUACUCAAGCAAAUGUUACUUCAGUUAACAACUUACUGGAAUUACUUCACACUUUCAGUUCUCAGUCAGGUCAGGUUAUCAACUUUGAGAAAAGUUCUGUUUAUUUCAGCAAGAAAACCAAGCCAGAGGUUGCAGAAUCAAUCAAGCAAAUCCUAAGAGUCAAGAGCAUAGGUACAAUGAUAAAACAUGUACUCAAUGAUGUACCUAUUUACCAGAUGGGUACUUUCAAGCUGCCAGCUAACCUUCUUCAACAGCUCACAACCAUUGAAAGGAAGUUUUUCUGGGGUUAUCAUAAUAACAGAGGUCAUAAUCCAAUUGCUUGGAUGAAUGUGUGCAGACCAACUGAAAUGGGAGGUUUAGCUUUUAGAUACCUUGAAAAACUAAAUUUAGCUCUCCUUACUAAGUUAUCUUGGAGAAUCUGUAAUGAGCCUAAUUCCCUAAUGGCUCAAACUCUCUCAAGUAAAUAUUUCAAGUCUGGAUACCUACUUCAUCAGCACAUUUCAGUGGACAAUUGCUCUUACACAUGGAAUGGGAUUUCAAAAGGUCUGGAAAUUGUUAGGCAGAACUACUUUCUGGAGAUCAACAAUGGUAAGAAAACAAGAAUAUGGAGAGAUAGAUGGAUCCCUGGUAUGUCUCAAUCUCCCACUCCUCAAAAUGAUUUCUUCAGGUUCUAUGAGUUUGUAGAAGAGUUAAUGGUGCAAGAAACUGCUCAAUGGAAUAUUCAUCUUAUCACCGCUUUAUUUGAUGCUGACAUUGCUCUCAAAAUCCAAGCACUUUACAUAGACAUCAGCAAGGAAGAUUCUAUAAUAUGGAUGCCAGCAAAAGAUGGAGUAUUCUCUGUGAAAAUCACAUACAAAAUGCUCACUUACAAUGACAAGGAAGUUCAAAUAGAAGGCAGAACUAUUGAUAGGAAGGUCUGGAAAAGUUUAUGGAAAUAUAAAGAUGCACAAAGGAUAAAACUCUUUGCUUGGAAGUGUAUAAGAGGUGUUCACAACACCAAGAUCAGAAGGGAAAUAUACAAUAGCAGCACUGAGACUAGCUAUGACAUCUGUGGGGGAUAUGAAGAAACUAUAGAGCACAUUAUUUUUGAUUGUAGGCAUGCCAGAUCAGUGUGGAGGGGCAUAAACAUCAACAUUGAUGCUGUCAGAGCUAACUACAAUACAGUUUCUGAAUGGGUCACUAGUUGGUUCUCUACUUCAAAUCAAAACAGGGAUGACAAAUGGAUUUAUUCUCUUAUGAUUGGUGCUUGGAUAAUUUGGAAAGAUCGUUGCGAUGUAGUUUUCCAGGGAGUCUCCUUAAACCCUAUAAACUCCAUACAUAGAAUACAUUAUCACCUUGCAUCUCACUUGCAUGAAACUCAUAAUGCAGCUUCUUUAUAUUCUAAUGUCUCUAAGUGGAAACCUCCUUUAGAAACCAUUGUUAAAUUUAACAUAGAUGGAUCUUAUGAUGCUGAUACUAACCAAUAUGGAAUUGGCAUUGUGCUGCGUGAUUCCACAGGAGAAUUCCUUGGAAUGAAAAGAACCUAUGGAAGUGGAGCAUUGAAUCCAGAAGUUUUCGAGUGUGCUGGUGCUGUUGGUGGUUGA